AUGCGCAGACUGAGCAGAGGCUUUCCCUCUGAAACGAAGAUCCGUUCCCAUACAUCCCUCCAGCCAAUGGGCUUCGCCGUCGGGACGCUUCGGAAUCAAUUUGACCAAUCAGAAAGGUGGAGAACGCAGAACAGGAAACAUGCAGCCAAUCGGAGACCAGGAUGGAUUUGUUGUAUUCGCGCAGAGCGAGAAUCAGAGAACACCAAUGAGAAAGCGCAAUUCGCAGCGCCGCUUUUGUACUCAGCAAUCAGUUUGCCGUUCUUCGAACUCAAUACUUUGGCAAAUACAGUGUUAAGUGAGGGAAAUGUGGGGUUAGUGGAUGGUGGAGGGGCUGACAUGGUGCAGGACGCAGUCAAAACCAAUCGAGCUGGACUCCCUCAAAUAGCCAUCAAGAUGAAGGUAGCAGAUGAACCUGCCUACCUGACUGUCGGGACGGAUGUGAGUGCGAAGUACCGUGGUGCCUUCUGUGAGGCAAAAAUCAAGACUGUUAAACGCAUGGUGAAAGUUAAGGUUGUGCUUAAAGGAGACAGCACCUCACAAGUCGUCCAAGAUGACCAAGUCAAAGGACCCUUAAGGGUUGGCUCAACAGUGGAAGUCAAGAGCCCAGAGGGUAGACUUAGCGAAGCUGUCAUCAGCAAACUUACAGAUGCCAGCUGGUACACUGUGGUUUUUGAUGACGGAGAUGAGAAAACCCUUAGAAGAACUUCACUGUGUCUUAAAGGUGAAAGACAUUUUGCAGAGAGUGAGACUUUGGACCAACUGCCCCUGACUAACCCAGAGCACUUUGGCACUCCAGUCAUUGGAAAGAAGACAAAUCGAGGUAGAAGGUCUUCUCAGGCAGUUGCAGAAGAUGAAAAGGAGUCUUCAUCGAGUGAAGAUGACGACGAUGACAGGAGGAGGCUUAAUGAUGAUCUUUUGGGCAAAGUUGCCUGCGUACAGAGUAGCUCCGAUAGUGAUUCCUGGCACUAUGUCCUGGUGAUAUCUCCAAGCUGCAAUGAUGACCUAACUGUCAAAAAGGACCAAUGUUUAGUGCGAUCAUUUGCAGAUUCCAAAUUUCACACAGUGUCACGCAAAGAUGUUCAAGAAGUAAACAUUGGCACCCUUUCCAAACCCGAGUACUCAAACAGGAAAGGGUUUGAAGCAGCACAGCACUUUCUACAGGCCAGAGAGGUCCCUGACAACUGGAAAGUGGACUUGAGCGAGAUUCUUGAAUCGUCCAGUAGUGAUGAAGAAGACGAAGAUGAGGAUGGUGAAGGCAAAGAGGGCGAGGAGGAGCAGAAGCAGCAAGAACCAGAAGUACCUGAUGAUGAGCCAGACCCAGAAGAAAGGGACCACUUUCUACAGCAGCUUUACAAGUUUAUGGAGGACAGAGGGACACCAAUUAACAAACCUCCAGUUCUUGGCUACAAGGAUCUCAACCUCUUCAAGCUCUUCCGACUGGUACAUAUUCACGGAGGCUGUGACAAUAUUGAAAGCGGCUCUAUUUGGAAACAGAUCUACAUGGAUCUCGGCAUCCCGGUUCUGAACUCUGCUGCCUCGUACAAUGUAAAAACAGCUUACAGAAAGUACCUGUACGGAUUUGAGGAGUACUGCCGCUCGGCUCAGAUCCAGUUCAGGACGGUGCACCACAACGAGCCACGGCCAGACCGCCCGCCAGAAGUGCAGUGCGUAAAGACUGUGAAAAAAGAGAGCGAAGAGACAGACGAGAUGAUGCAGCAGGUUACAGAGGAGCCUGGAACUAGCGAGGACAAACCUGCAGCAGACGCUGAUGAGUCAGAUGCUGAGAGCGAAAAGGGACGCAAAGAUGUCUGCUCGCCCAGGGGCCGACGGCGGUGCACGGUGACCCCUGUGAAAGUAGAGGCCAAAGAGCCUGUGAAGCAGGAGAAACCAAAGGAGGAGAAGAAAAAGGAGGAGACACGUGGACAAACAAGUGGAGGAGAAAACAGCGGAGAGGAGCAAAAGGAGAAAUCUGAUGGGGAGACCCCCGGGAAACGUCGCAGCCGCCGUCUUGAGGAGUCUGACAAAGAUACUGAUGAUGAAGAACAGGAUGAUGAUGAAGAUGAGGAAGACGAUGGCGAGAGAUCCAGACUCAGGGACCGAGAUGAGAGGGAGGAAGAUGAUGGCUGUGAGGACUCUGAGCAUUCUGUGACCGGCACUAAAGUCAAAGUGAAAUACGGCAAGGGGAAGACACAGAAGAUCUAUGAAGCUAACAUCAAGAACACAGAGAUGGAUGACGGAGAGGUGCUUUACCUGGUGCAUUACUACGGCUGGAAUGUGAGAUAUGAUGAAUGGGUCAAGGCAGAUCGAAUAAUAUGGCCUGUCGAUAAGGGUGGAACAAAGAGAAACAAAAGAAAAAAGUGAAGGUGAGUGACAAAUAAAGAAGAUGGAGAAAAGGAAAAAGAGGAGGAUAAACAGGCCAAACAAGGGAUACGGCGAGGUCGUCCUCCGCUUAAAUCCACCCCUCCCAACACCUCCCGUAGCGUGUCCAAGACCCCCAGCAGUGAGGGUCGGUCCAGCAGCAAGAACUCACGGCCCACAGAUCCCACUGCCCUGCCAAAUGGAGAGGUUACACCUCGUCGGCGAACGAGAAGAACUUCUGGGAUGUAUGAUUCAGAUAGAGGAUCUAAUGAUUCAGGGAACUCCUCGGAUGAUAGCGAGUGCGAGGAAUCUCCUGAGAAGAAGCUGGAAUGGACUGAGACAACCGAUCCACCCUUGUCAGCGACAGAAGAGGCAGCUGAGGAUCCCUCAGAGGAGAGCACAAUGCCAGAACCUGCGCAGACUGAGCCUGAACUUCCCAGCAGCCCUCAGGAGAUGCCCAACUUCAAGGAGAGCGAGAGCAAACCCGAGGAAGACACAUCCCUGCUCCCUGUAGAGUCUGACGACGGAUCUCCAAAACCGAGAGCGAAGAAGCCUCGUUUGAAAGAACCAGGAUCAGAGACUCCCACGCAAACACCUGCCGCUGCUAAUCACACCGAGACAGAGGAACCCUCCACUCCUCCGCGACCUGCGAAGAAAUCCCAGGAAACGCCACACAGCAGUCCUGUAGAGAGAAUAAAGCCGGUGGAGACACCAGGCUCAGACACAGACUCUGCAACAGAGGAAGUCUGCCCGCCCGAGCGAAGCAAUGCAGUGAAACGCAAAACCAAUGAACAGCGAACGCCGGAAAAGAAAAUCCGCCUAGAGAGAAAAGAAGAACCCAAAAUGCUUUCUCCAGUUAAAACGCCACCAUUGGAGAAGAAACCCGAUCCUGAGAAGAAAGCCGAGGUGGUGCAGAAACCAGAGGAACUCCCCUCUCCAACAUUAUCAUCUCCCAGUAAAGAUAUCGAGGUGAAAUCUGAGAUGCCCGCUCUUACCAGAGAGGUGCACCUCAGGGUAGAACCUCCUUGCCCAGAGCAGGAGGAUUCAACAACGCCCGCAAAUGAGGAAAUGAUGCCUCAAAUAGGCCCCGAAGCGCUGGUCUGCCACGAAGUGGACCUUGACGAUCCAGAGGACAAGGACAGACCCUCUGGUGAAGAGUUACUGAUGAUGAUGAAGGAAGAGAAAACUCAGCCUCUAGAGCCUUCCAACCAACUUCCUCAUGUCCUGGUUGCGGUGGGACCCCCACGCCUGUUUUCCCCGUCCUCUGCCCCCAGCCCGGAUGAAUCUCACAGCACUAAGAGUGAGAGCGAUGCCACCAUCGAAGUGGACAGUGUGGCAGAAUCACAGGAGGGGCUCGGGGAGAGCGAGUCAACUCAUAGCUUUGAUGCUAGCGCAAGUUCAAGCAAUUCCAGCAUCUCACUACAGGAUCGAGAUGGAAAGGACAGAGGUCAGAAGAGGUUAUUGGAUUGCACUACUGGCUCGUCGGCCAAAAAGCAAAAACGCAGCCAGAAACGCUCAAGCGCUGUAUGUAAAACAGAAAAGAAUGGAGCAGGUCACAGUAGCGACAGUGAGGACCUGUCUACCAUGGACAGCUCUAAUAAGCUAACCCCAGUCAAGCACUCCAGCCUACCCAAGAGCCAGAAGCUUUCUCGGUCGCCCGGUCUGGUUUCUCCCAACAGUAAAGACAUGGAGAAAGACAAGCACAAAGAGAAGCAAUCCGUCCCUUCCCCACGCACAUAUAAGUGGUCCUGCCAGCUGACUGAGCUGGACAACAUGUCAAGUGCUGAGCGGAUUUCAUUCUUGCAAGACAAGCUACAGGAAAUCAGGAAGUACUACAUGUCACUAAAGUCUGAGGUGGCUUCCAUCGACAGGAGGCGGAAAAGGUUAAAAAAGAAGGAAAGAGAAGUGUCGCACACCACAGCAUCCACGUCGUCAGGCUCGUCCGACACGGGCAUGAGCCCGUCUUCAGCUUCCCCCACGCAGAACACUGUGGCCGUCGAGUGCAGGUGAUGUCACGCCCGUGACCCGCCCCCACCCCGCUCCACCUCUGCCUUCUCAGCAUCCUGCUGCCUCCACGGAGACACACGGGCAUACUGACGAGCCAGAGCAAGCAGCCAAUAGCACUCGACUGCCCGCCGCCUCCAGCGUCUCCUCUGAUCCCUGUCGGCCACUCCCACCUUCUGCACUUUGUAAACUGAUCCUGCCUCCUCUCGCUCGCUGUCGCACCAGGGAACGGACUCCACGUGAGGGUUGAAUGUAAUCUAAGAAAUCAAAGCUUACGACUUAUCCAUCCAGAACGAAUAUACGACGGCACUUUUCACAAACGCUGAACGGAAACCUCCUCUUACUGCUUCUGCGCAGCAGGGACUGAAUUUGGAUGCAGUAGUCAAUCAGUUGAACGUUCCUCUAUCAGAACAUGCUCUCAGAUCCCUAGGUAAUGGUCACCUUAACCAGCUGGACAUGGUUAUUACAAAGAAAGGUCAAUUGUAGUGCGCUUGUUCCAUCAGAACUGCCAAAGUACAUGUGUUACAGCAGAGUGCCCUAUUUUGGAAAAGUAGGACAAAGUCAAUUGCAAAAGGGAAUGUAGUUUACUGAAAACUGCAGCCGGCGUCUUCCACUUCUAUCUUAGUAUGCGAGCACAGAGAAUUAUGCAAAACCUAUUUUUGUUGUCUCUCUCUUUUUAAGA